AUGCCGUAUAUCAUUGGGCUCAACAGUGGUUCUUCUUUCGAUGGAAUCGAUGCUGUUUUGUGCAGCAUUGAUGUUGCAGCGGAUGGCCAUCCAAAUCGUCCAAAGUAUAUUGAUGGUAUCUCCGAACCGUGGCCAGAGGAGUUGCAGCCCGAUGUCUUGCGGGCUUUCUCCAACGAGCUCCCGCUUUUUGCCUUGUGUAGGCUCAACUAUGCUGCCGGUGCCGCAUAUGCCGAGAUAACAAACAAGCUGCUCGACAAGGUUGGAAUGAAACCAGGAGACAUCGAGGUUGUCGGCUACGACGGCCAAACAAUCUAUCAAGAGCCUCCAGACAGAGAAAAGGAAAGCCGAUAUAUCGCAAGUGGGAGCCGGAGCCUGGUUGAUCGGUGGACGAAGGGUGGGUCUCCAUGCGGCCUGUUUAUCGUCGAGUCAGGUGUUGUCACAGCCCUAACGGACAUCACAACCGUCACACAAUUUCGACCAAUCGACCAUGCAUUGGGAGGUUCAGGAGCGCCGCUGAUGCAAUACCUCGAUUUUUGCUCAUUCCGGAAUGAAGGACCCAUUGUUUCAUUGAAUAUAGGGGGUAUUGCCAAUGUGCAGCUCGCUGACGCAGAUCGGCAUAAGAUGAUGGCCUUCGACACCGGUCCGGGCAAUGUGAUGAUUGACCAUGUGAUGAAAGUCCGAGAAGGCAAAUCGUAUGAUGCUGGUGGUGCCCUGGCAGCCAGAGGUCAGGUCAUUGCCACGCUUUUGGAGAGGCUUGAAGGACAUCAAUUCUUCCUCCGAAAGCCACCCCGUUCAGCGUGGCGAUUGGACUUUGGCGGCCAGUAUGCGGAUAAAAUCCUGGAAGAUUACAAGGAUGCAUCAACCGAGGAUUUAUUGUCGACUUUCACACUCUUCACGGCAAAGGCAAUCGAGCGAUCGGUGGUUGACUUCAUACUUCCCAAAGCGCCUGUAAAGACGGUUAUUGCCAGUGGAGGAGGCAUCAAGAACGACACGCUUAUGGGGCACCUGAGGGAGAGGUUGGCCUUGCACGGAGUUGACCUUCGCACCAGCGAUGAACAUGGGCUUCCUGCUCCAUUCAAGGAGGCCAUCAAGUUUGCAACCUUGGCCUUCGCGUGCAAGAAUGGACUUGCAAACAACAUUCCCGCGGCUGGUGGAGCCUCCUCCUUUGCUGUACUGGGCAAACUGAGUUUGGCACCCAGACUAGCAAAGAACGGUGGUGCCGUCCCCGAAAGUAAUGUCUCCACAGAACCUUGA